AUGACCGGCUCUGCCGCUGACACUCGCCGCUGCCCGCACCCCAAAGGCGCCAAAGGCACCCGGUCCCGGAGCAGCCACGCGCGGCCCGUGAGCCUGGCGGUCAGCGGGGGCUCUGAGGAGGACGACAAAGACGGCGGGGUGCUGUUUCACGUUAACAAGAGCGGCUUCCCCAUCGACAGCCACACCUGGGAGCGGAUGUGGAUGCACGUGGCCAAGGUGCACCCCAAGGGGGGAGAAAUGGUGGGUGCCAUCAGGAACGCGGCCUUCUUGGCAAAGCCGUCCAUGCCCCAGGUGCCCAACUACAGGCUGUCCACGCCCAUCCCGGACUGGCUGCAGGCGGUGCAGAACUACAUGAGGACGCUGCAGUAUCCUUCCCAACAGGCCCAGCGAAGGCGGCAGCCCGUGAGUGCUGAGGCCCUUUGCUGUGUUCUGGCCCGCAGGCUAAUGGAAACCGCCAAGGAGAUGACCCGGGAGGCCUUGCCUAUCAAAUGCCUGGAGGCUGUCAUCCUGGGCAUGCCCGCGCUGCCUGAGAAGGGGGCCGACCUCGGCGCCCUGAGCGAAGUGGGCUACCAGAUCCGAAUCUAG